GUUCCGGAACCAGUUCCACCGCCUGUUUGGUUCGGCAGCACUUAAAAGAACACUUGGGAAAAACAAUAAAAAUAUUUCGCAAAAGUCAUGGCGAGCGCUGAAAAAGACGCCUGAUACCGAAAUCCAUUGGACCGACUGCCUGGGAGCCACCGCCACCGAUGAUGACGACCGACUACGGGGGCCAGUUUGUGUCCAGCAACCCAAACGCAGGCUGCAGUGCGUCUUCCCGCUGGCUAACGGAGGAGGUCUUUAAGCUGAUAGACAUUGUGCAGCGCGACGAGGCCAUCUACAAUCCGCGCCACAAGUACUACUUCUGCCGGCCGUACGUGGAGAACUUCUGGCGCGAGGUGGACCUGAAGCUGGAGAAGAAUCCGGGCGCCAGCCUUGCCAAGUGGACUAAUCUGCGUAUCUCGUUCCGGCGCGAGUACACCAACUACCUGGAGGAGAAGGUGCCGCCCUGUUGGUCCUACUUCGACCGCAUGUUCUUCCUGCAUCCGUAUCUGCGCAAGAAGCACCAGCAACCCAAGUCGCUGGACACUCAGGUCCAGGACGCCUUGGCACAUCUCUCCAGCCUGUCCAGUCGCAUGCAGCGGGAACGUUCGGUGGUCAUCCCGGCCAGCAGCAGCGGUGGUGGCCAGCCCACGCCCUCCGCCCACCAGUCACCGCCGGCUCCGCAGCUGGACAACUACCUGGACUACUUCGAUGAGGGCGAGCCGAACAAUUCCGAGCUGGAGGACAUUAUGGAGGAAGAGCAACAGCGCAGCAGUCGCUACCACAGCCAGCUGGAUGGCAAUGACAUCAAAUCGGAGUGUGAGGAACCGGCAGAUGACUACGAACAGGAAACGCACGAGCCGGAUGAGGAUGAGCCAGAGGAUCAGGACCUACAUAAGAUGGCGCCCACCUCCAGCUCUUCGUCUGCCGACGCCCAGCGUCGCUAUCCCAAUCAGCAGCCGCACACCAGUCGAAUGCACUUGGGUCGUUUGCAGAUGCGCGCCUACCACGACGAGAUGCGGGGCGCCAUUCGUCCACGCUCCCAGGAGCUGCAAGCUCCAACUGCAGCCGUAACUGGAGUGAAUUUCGCCUCCCAGUCGGCCGCUCAUCCAAACAUUUCCUUUGUGCGGCCCACCUUUAGUAAGCCAGUGGAUUUGGUCAGCACAACAACACACAAUGGAGGAGGGCCUACCGGAAUGGCUGGGCCAUCCGAAGCGGACCUGCCCACACCAUCUUCAGCGACUGUGGCCACACCCAAUGCGCCCAGCAGCAGCGUUAAUACCACCAGCAGCAGUAGCAACAGUAGCUAUCUCAGCCAACGGCAUGGACACAAUCACGUUCAUGGAGGACACCAACAGUUGCAGCCAUCAUCGCUUCCUUUGCGCCUCGAAGCCAACAAUCCGUCAAGCGGAUCCGUAUCAAACGGCGGCGUAGAACUGUGCGACUGCAAAACCGAUCCGGAUGCCAUGUUUCUAAUGAGUCUGCUGCCGGACAUCCAGAAGUUGAACGGGCGCGAUCGCGGCAAGAUCAAGAUAGCCUUCCAGAACAUUCUGCAGGACUACCUUUACCCGGACUAGUUACGAUCUCUGUGUAUACUUUCCGCUUAUAGCAACGGAACCCAGUUCCGCUUUCGAUCUUGUUAACGAGUGUAUUCCCCUGAUCAUUUGAAACUCUUUAAAACUUUGCUGUGCAAGAACAAAGUAUCCUUAAAACGUUUUGAACACUAUCAGCUAUGUUUAUUAAAUGUAUAAAUAUUUAUAAA